GCUCCUCGGUGACAUCUUCCCCAGGACGGUGCCAUUCCCCUGGGGACAGCGACAUCCCCCUGGGGACGGCGACAUCUUCCCCGGGCGCCGGUGCGGGAAUAAAGAGAUGCCGAGGCCACGCGGUGCCCGAGUGCACAGUCAUGUCACGCACAUCCAGAGCUGCCCUCAGAGGGACACCCCAGGGACACCACCCAGGGGUCAUGGCAGGGAGUGGGGACACGGACAAGGGUGUCAUCGACCCCGACAUGGUGGCCUUGUUCGAGGACUUCCUGGGGAAAGUGGUGACAGCGGCCUCCGAGGGGGCGCGCCCGGUGGCCCAGCCCUACCACUACUGGCUGCGGGACACGGAGCAGCAGGGGCUGUGCCUGCGCGACGGCCACCUGGUGGCCACCAGCCUGCAGGGGGCCAACGCCGCCCAGGAAGAGCCCAUCAGCGUUGUCCCCAACCGGCACCUGGAGCGCCAGCGCUGUCCCCUCAUCGUGGGCAUCCGCGGUGGCACCCGUGCCCUGUCCUGUGGCACCGGCCCCGAGCCACAGCUGAUCCUGGAGGAUGUGGGGCUGCUGGAGCUGUUCUCGGGUGACAAGGACAGGGCCACGCCCUUCACCUUCUACAAGACCUUCGGGGGCUCCACGCACACCUUCGAGGCCGCCGCCUUCCCCGGGCUCUUCCUCAGCACGGCCACGGGCCCGGGCGAGGCGCUGGCCCUGGCACCGCCCCCCGGGGCCACCGCCUUCUACCUGCGCCGCAAGUGACACUGGGGACACCCAUGGUGGGACAUUCCCCAGUGCCACCACCGCCUUCUACCUGCGCUGCAAGUGACACCGGGGACACCCAUGGUGGGACAUUCCCCAGUGCCACCACCGCCUUCUACCUGCACUGCAAGUGACACCAGGGACAUCUGGGAUUGGGGACAUCCAUGGUGCCACCACCGCCUUCUACCUGCACUGCAAGUGACACUGGGGACACCCAUGGUGGGACAUUCCCCAGUGCCACCACCGCCUUGUACCUGCGCUGCAAGUGACACCGGGGACACCCAUGGUGGGACAUUCCCCAGUGCCACCACCGCCUUCUACCUGUGCCAAAAGUGACACUGGGGACAUCUGGGAUUGGGGACAUCCAUGGUGCCACCACCGCCUUCUACCUGCGCCGCAAGUGACACCAGGGACAUCUGGGACUGGGGACAUUCAUGGUGCCACCACCGCCUUCUACCUGCGCCGCAAGUGACACCGGGGACACCCAUGGUGGGACAUUCCCCAGUGCCACCACCGCCUUCUACCUGUGCUGCAAGUGACACCAGGGACAUCUGGGACUGGGGACAUCCAUGGUGAGACAUCCAUGGUGCCACCACUGCCUUCUACCUGCGCCGAAAGUGACACCGGGGACACCCAUGGUGGGACAUUCCCCAGUGCCACCACCGCCUUCUACCUGUGCUGCAAGUGACACCAGGGACAUCUGGGAUUGGGGACAUCCAUGGUGGGACAUUCACCACUGCCACCACUGCCUUCUACCUGCACUGCAAGUGACACUGGGGACAUCGGGGACUGGGGACAUCCCUGGUGCCACCACUGCCUUCUACCUGCGCCGCAAGUGACACUGGGGACAUCCAUGGUGGGGACAUCCAUGAUGGGACAUUCACCACUGCCACCACCGCCUUCUACCUGUGCCAAAAGUGACACCUGGGGGACGUCUGGGACUGGGGACAUCCAUGGUGCCACCACCGCCUUCUACCUGCGCCGCAAGUGACACUGGGGACACCCAUGGUGGGACAUUCCCCAGUGCCACCACCGCCUUCUACCUGCACCGAAAGUGACACUGGGGACAUGUGGGACUGGGGACAUCCAUGGUGGGACAUUCACCACUGCCACCACCGCCUUCUACCUGCACCGCAAGUGACACCGGGGACAUCUGGGAUUGGGGACAUUCAUGGUGCCACCACCUUCUACCUGCGCCGCAAGUGACACCAGGGACAUCCAUGGUGGGGACAUCCAUGGUGGGACAUUCACCACUGCCACCACUGCCUUCUACCUGCACUGCAAGUGACACCGGGGACAUCUGGGAUUGGGGACAUCCCUGGAGGGAUCAGAACUCUCUUUUUGGGGUCAGGACCCUGCUUUUGGGUUAAGAACCUUUUUUUUUUUGGUGUCAGAACCAUUUGGGAGAGAACCAAACCCGUCGGGGAGCGCCCCAAAACUGCCCCAAAACGGCCCCAAAACCGCCCCAAAACCAAAUGGGAACCACCCCAAAACUGCUGGGAAACCAAAAAGCCCCAAACCUGCUGAGAAUGACCCCAAAACUGCCAGGAAUUGCCCCAAAACCAAUGAGAAUCGUCCCAAACCAGCCACAAAACUCUUGGUAUCCCUAAACUGUCCCAAACCUGAGGGGAAUUGCCCCAAAACCUCCAGGACCACCCCAAAACUGAUGGGAAUUGCCCCAAAACCUCCAGGACCACCCCAAAACUGACAGGACCACCCCAAAACUGAUGGGAAUUGCCCCAAAACCACCCUAAACUGCCCCAGAACGGGGCCAAAACUGGGACAUCAGGGCUUGAAAAUUUGGGAUGAAAAUUUGGGAAUUUGGGGCUGGUCCCAAAACCGGGCUUCAAAAUUUGGGAUAAAAUUAUGGGAAAACGGGGCUGAGUUCAUCAUUGGGACAUUAGGCUUCAAAAUUUGGGAUGAAAUUGUGGGAAAACGGGGCUGAGGUCAUCAUUGGGGCAUCAGGGAUUGAAAAUUUGGGAUGAAAAUUUGGGAAUUUGGGGCUCAACCAUCCCUGGGAAUAUUCCCCCACUCCCAGCUGUGGGAUUCAGCAUCUCCUUCCCAAAUACUCCCCCCAAAAAACCCCAAACCACGAAUUUUUUGGGGAAAAAAAAAAUAAUUUACAUCACUUAAAUAACUAAACCAGGUUUUUAGGAUGGGAAAAAAAAAAAUCAAAACCCUGAGACCAGGCAGUGACAAGAACAUCUUUAUAGGAAUCAAAAUUAAUUUAAACCAGGCGAAAUAAAUUAAAACAUUAAAUAUUAACUUUCAGUGCAACAUAUACAGAAGACAUGAGAGUAACCAUGACUUUAAAAAAAAACCCCAAAAACCCCAAAACAACCCCAAAAACAACCCCAAAACAGAGGGAAAAGCUCUGGGUUUGGUUACUAAGGGGAAAUUAAGGCUGUGCCUCCAGCCCGAGGAGGUUUCCUGGGAUUUAAAUUCAUUUAUUAUUAAUAAAAAGCUGGGAUUUGUCCCCAAAAAUGA